GACAAAAACAGCUCUUCCACUUCUCGCCUUUCAUUGCUCAUAUGCUCUCCGCCUCGAGCUCAUGCUGUUACCGGAUAUCUAGUCCGCAGCAGAGUCGUUUCGCCACUUUUCGCUUGGUUUUUAAAAACAAAAAAACAAAUUUCGCUGCGUCUGGAAUAACCUGUCAUGCUUUAAUACCUGUUUGCUUUAAGUAGGAAAACAAUCUCUCAGUUCUGAGGGUUUGUUAUUGCAAGGGAAGUACUUUAUAUCGGUUAGUGGCAUGAGACUUAGCGGCUCGUUUCUUUUUUCUUAUAAGGGAGCGGUGGCAGCCUGUCCGGGUUACACCACCAAGAGGCCAGCGGCGACAUCACUCGCUAGAAGACUGUAAAUCAUCCGGGAAGGAAGGCGGCUGUAGCGGGGGAAACCCAGGGAGGCCACCAGAUUUUUUGCCAUGGCGAGCGACGGCUGUAGCAAGGAGGACCUGCUGGAGGACGGCCGCACGGACUCGGGCAUUGAGUCUUACAGCUCCAUACUGAAGUCGGAAGAGCCACAGGAGCCAAGCGGUGACUUCAGCGGGCCGAGGGACAAGUUUUCCACCGGAGAGGAGCGCCUGGACUCAGCCUACACGUCCUCGUCCAUCACGGUAGAAAGUCUGUCGGAGAUCGUAGAGGGUUGCAGUCUCUCCAGCUCCAAACAUGAGCAAGUACAGAUCUCUGAACUGUCUGAACAAGAGAACUUGCUCACAACUAUUACAGAAGAUGGAGACACAAUCCUGCACUUAGCAAUCAUCCAUGAGGAUAUAUUCAGCUCCCAAGAAUUGAUACACCUGUUCCCACAAGAAGUCCUCGACAUCCAGAACAAUUUAUAUCAGAGUCCACUGCACCUGGCCACCUACCUGAAUUUGACAGGUGUGGUGAAGGCCCUGAUAGAGAAGGGGGCCAGCCUGGAGCUACAGGACCAGGACGGGAACACAGCGCUGCACGUGGCCUGCCAACACGGGAAAACAGAGUGCGUGACAGAAAUGAUCCAAGACCAGUCUCUGCGCCUGCUGGCGCCAGUCCUUCAGACCCAGAACUGGAGAGGUCUCGCCUGUCUUCACUUGGCAGCAUUGAACAGGGAACAUAAAAUUAUGAAGCUCCUGAUGAAAAAGGGAGCAGAUCCAAAUAUCCAGGAAGGAACCGCGGGCAAAACAGCUCUUCACCUCGCCGUUGAGCUGCAUGACAUCACAUCGGUGAACCUGCUGCUUAACAGUGGGGCCAACGUGGACGCUUCCAUGUUUAACGGCUGCACGCCGCUGCACCUCGCUGUGGGCAGACAAGACGCGCAAAUCGCCGACCUCCUCUGCCACUUCGGCGCUGACAAGAUGCUGCGAAACAUGGAAGACGAGACGGCGCUGGACCUGGCCGACGGAAAUGAUGAUAUUCUGGCGCUGUUUCCAUUUGAUGACAUCCAAAUAUCUGGAAGGUCGGUGGUCAGUGUGACGUUCUGAACAAACUCUCAGCCCAAAUAAUGGAAUAUAAAUGCAGUUGGACCCUUCAAAUUUAAGUAAUAAAAGUUAUUUUUUAAACUAAAUUGUUCAUUAAAUAGUGGCUUUAUAUGUAGUUGACUCUAAUAUCUAGUGAGAAAUGUGCAUCAUAUUAAUCUGCUCUUUUUAUGGGAAACAGAGCAAUUCUGCUUAAACUGAAUGCUGAUUUACAAAAACAGGAUCAGGAUGUUGUCAGUUUCAAAAUGUACCCCAAUGCAAGUGCCAAACUAUCAACCUAACUGUCCCAAAAAUGCUACCUCUUCUACAAAUGGAAAUUGUUUUAGCUUCAUUUAUCUUAAAGCAAAUCUGUGCAUUUCUGAAAGCAUGGCCUUUCUUGUUUUGCGUAGAGAAUGCAACCGUAAGCAAUAUUUUGGUUUCCUUUAAAUUGAAAAAUGUACCUUUUUUGCAAUUAAUUGCAUCCCUGCUUAUUACAGCAAACUGAUAGCCGGUAUGGAAAAUGUAAUAUAUUAAAGAUAAAAUGCAGCUUAAUGUUUCUUUUUUUAAGGUUUGCUGCUUUGUGAUGUAGAACAAUUUAUCUAUUUAUCACUUCUUGUACUCUUCAUCUGCAGAAAACAGCAUAUUUUCCUUUGCAUGUAAUUACACUGGCCUCUCUUGCUGAAAUGAGCAAUUCAUUUAUUUUGUAAUAAAAGUUAAAACAUU